CGUCAACAGCGGUCUUAUUGUUUUUGAUAAAUUAGUGCUCACAUUUCUUUAAUUGUUUGAACGGGACUUAACUUUAUAAGUUAGUGCUUGAUCUGUGUGAUUUAUACAUGAGUUAAUCAAAGAUAAGUCGCACUUAAAAGGUAAACCUCAAUUGAGAAUAGGGCAUAUUAGGAUCAGUACCAAGUUGAGCGUGUUUAUCAAAUAACAAAGAAAUACACUUAAGAUGCUGGCGAACACGUUUAAUGUGGCGUAUAAUUGAUAUUAAGCUUGAAUAUUUAAUUGAUUACGCAGACCUUUUUGUUGGAUACCAAGCAUCAUAAUGAUAAUCGUAAACAAAUCGGGAUAUGGAUGGAAUUAAAGUGAGUUCAAACAUAAAAUAGUGUAGAUUAAAAAAGAGUAACCUGAAUUCUGAUGUGAUGCUGCAAGCAAGCACGUAAAUCACCAAAAGCGAAAUUACUUUACGGAAAUGGCUGACGGACAGACUGGCGAUCUUAUAGAAGAAAGUGGGAACGCUUAUAAGUGUAGGGUCACUCUGCUUGCGCCACCGAACAAGAUGGAAGCUCUCGAGAGUGUUAUAGGCUCUUUAAUGGACUGGGUUGAUCCUUCGAGGCAGAUAGUUGACGUAGAGGAAAAGAUUCCUGGUGAGCAUUUGUACAAAGAUGGAAUUGCUAAGCGUGACAUUACUGGCUGUCUCGUAACGCCCGCCAUGAGCAUUAUGCUGUUUGCUAAGGAAACUGGUGAGAUGAGUGUUAGUGACCUACAGCGUGCUUUACUUAUGCCACCAUGGCAGUUUCACCAUAAAGUAGAAUUGCAGAACAGAAAUGCACCAAACAAACCUGUGGCUAAACAGGAAUUUUUCCGACUCGCCAACGACUUUCCGCUGUUCGCAGCCUGCCCAGUUCUUUCAAACACUGAACACGUACGAAUCAACUUGUACGUCCAUAACUAUCCAGAAAUGGUGGACUUUUACCGAACUAUCACUGAAACGGAGAUCGAAACAAGCAAACCGGAAUUUUGCAUUUUUGAAUUAUACCGACAGCCUGGUCUUGAUAUACAACUGUCACUCAAACAUUCGCCGUAUAUUUCUCCUGUGCCGGUUGAAUCAGCGUAUAUAAGUUUUAAUGUCAAAAGCAUAACUGCUAUUAAAGUGGCAACGCACAAUUCAAAAAUAGUCAUCGUUGGCGGCAAUGUAUACACAACGCAUGACCCGGACGGAAACCUAGUCAUUUUAUACGAAAAUAAUCAAAAUACAGAAGAGCUGUACUGCGAUGAUCUCGGCAAUGCGGUGAACAAUCAAACUCUUGCGGAUACCACAAAAUGUAUUAGCUGCUUCGAAAAUGAUGAUGGAAGGAGUCAGCGAAGCGUAGCAGGAAGUCACGAUUCUGGCCAGUUUUCUGAUAAUGAAGGCAACAGAGCUCGGGGACGAGAAAUCGAUAAUAAUAUUAUUAAAAAAACUAUAAGCAAAUCCGCAGCUGUGGUGUCGAAACGUGAGAAAAGUGAAGGUUACGCAAGCUCCGACAGCGGCUCCAGUUAUGCCCGUGUUGGAAACAGGCAUGCCACGUAUAGACCACGUGCUGAUGGCUCAAAGACUGUUGAAUAUAGUGUGUUUAACAAGGUAGCGAAGCUACGUGACAAUUGGGACGCAGUCGACAAAAUGAGCGGAACUUCAGAUUGCAUUUCGGGUGCCACAGAUUGUCGUUUAGUAGACAACGGAACAAUCAAAAGAACUGAAUGUCAUUCGACUAAUGGAGCUCGUAAAUUAGUUAGAACUAAAGAUUUGAACACUGUGACCAUUAAGCAUUCGGCUGUGUAUAUAUGAGUGCCACGGGGCCAUUAGAUAUUAAGAUAGUGUUGUGUUUUUAAACGUAUUUUAGCAUUACGUACAUUAUUUAUGUGUGGAAAUUGUACCUAUGUUUACAGUGUCACGAGAAAUACAGAGAUCAAUUAUUUACCCCAAAACACUAAUAAUUUUUAUCAUCUAUUAAUCUUAUAAAAUCUAGUAAUAGCAUAAAUAUUAUACCAGGUGAACAUUCUCGUUAACAAAGUCUAUAUUUAAUAUUUGUGUUUUCAAUUACCGUAACUAAUAGUCGUAAUUAUAGAAACUAAAUAG